UGUCUGUUGGUCGGUCAUGGCCAGCCACGAUACAGGAAUAAAUAUAUUCAAAGGCACAUGUAAUCAACUACUGGCGGCUGCUUCUGGUUCCCUCUUCGCUAUAUCAGAUGGAAUGAGCUACGCCUGGACAGCGCCAGCUGUACCGUAUCUGAUCAGCGAACAUAGCCACAUAAAAACGACCAAAUACAAUGCGGAAUGGCUGGAAACUAUCUUGAUGCUGGGAGCCCUAUGUGGUCUACCAUUAACCAUAUACUUGGUGGACAAAAUCGGAAGGAGGAACUCCUUGCUAGUAGCUUCAUCAGUAAACGCAAGCGCUUGGAUAACCAUUGCAUUAGGUACCAAUAUGACCCAACUAUUAGUAGCCCGUUUCUUUUCUGGGAUGGCUAGUGAUAUGGCGUUUGUAGCUGCUCCGAUGUAUAUUGCUGAGAUAGCGGACCAAAAAAUAAGAGGUUUCCUGUCGGGGAUAAUCUAUUUGAUGAUGCUCACUGGCUGCGUGAUCGUCUACAGUGUGGGACCUUUCCUGCCUUUCUACGUUUCUCCGGCUAUUGGUGCCGUGGUUUCCUCACUUGAAGUAGUUAUUUUCGGAUUCCUACCAGAAACUCCAUACUAUUUGUUGUACAAGCACAACCCAGAAGCUGCCCUGAAAUCUUUGCAAUAUUUCAGAUGCAAUGGUGACAUUGAAAAAGAAAUAGAGGAAAUAUCUAAAGCGGUAGAGAGACAGAGAAGUGAAAGAGGGAGGAUACAGGACUUAUUCUUAGUUAAAAGCAAUCGUAGAGCCAUAACAACCAUGACCGUUCUGAAUGGAGGUCAACAUUUCUGUGCAAUAAGCGUGAUCGUUAUGAAUCUACAUUUAAUACUGAAAGCUGCGGGUUCUAUAUACAUAGAUUCCUCAAUAACUGCUAUAUUGUUCUCUGUAAUAAUGCUUGUAGCAGCUACUAUUGCAUGUCUGAUAGUAGAUAAGUAUGGUCGUAAAGUGUUACUCGUAAUGUCAGCUAUAUUUAGUGGCAUGUGCUUACUAGCCAUCGCUAUUUAUUUUAAUCUGCAGAAGAAUGGAGUUGAUGUCAGGAAAGCGAGUUGGAUACCCAUAGUUGCGGUGAUGGUGUACGCUGCAGCUUUUAAACUGGGGUUGGGCAUUGUCCCCAUAGUAGUCACGUCUGAAAUUUUCCCUGCAAAAAUAAAAGCUGUAGGGAUGACUACUGCGGAUGCAAUGUAUGUGGGAUGGAGUGCUGUAGUGCUGCAAAUUUAUCAAUGGAUGGAUAGGACUUAUGGUCUGCACGUGCCCUUUUAUUUCUUUGCUGGGUGCUGCUUUUCAGUAAUGCUUUUUACUAUUUUUUAUAUCCCUGAAACUAAAGGGAAAACUCUAGAGGAGAUACAGACGAUGCUUAAAGAGGAGCAGCCUUUGUUACAACAUACUUCUUGAUAGUAAUUUAUUUUGAUGAUACUGAGGCUGCUUUUAUUUAUAUGUGAAUGUAAUAAUUUUUUUGAAAAUAUUGUAAAAUU